GGGGUUUCCGGCACACGUUAUUGAAUAUUGUUUUAAGUCAUAACAUAAACUUACAUCAACAUUUUAAAGUGAAUUAGGGAGACUAUUUCAGAAUUAUAUUGUAAGCCAGUUAAUAUGAUCAAAUAUAUAAUUAAGAAUUAUUUGGAUAUUUGUAUUCGAACACCAGUGUUACUUUCGUUAUGAUAAAGAAAGUUGAGAAUGUCUGUCACUACACCGAAAAUGCCUUCAACAAAUCCUGUCAAAUCUGCGGAAACGGAGGACAAAACAGAGGUUGAAUCUCUCGAGUUGCCGACAAAAGAUCUUAAUGUAUCAUCGGAAUUAGGGGAACGGAACGAAGCUGAAUCAGUCAUACAAUAUUUCCUUGAAGCUUAUAAGGGUUAUAUUGUUCAGUGUGUCGACCACAAAGAUCUACUGUUUUAUAAAUACUUCUGCCGCGAAAAGAGGAAGCACUUCCGUGAAAUUGCCGCCUUACAAAGCAAAGACAGUGUAACACAUGAAAUGAUAGACACGAUCCUUUCAAUGGAGGAUAUUCCUGACAGAUUUUCAGCACUUGUCGCACUAUUUGAAGAAGAGUUCGAAAAUGAAAAGGUUUUGCGUAUUUUGAAAGGAGAAAAAAUUCCAUCGAAUCGUAGUGAAAACAAAGAAAAAAUACAGCGGGUGUGUAUGAAAGAAAUAUGCGAAAACCUUCUCGUAACUGAAAUUAUUCCAUACCUUAUAAAAGAUCGCCUGAUUUCUGAAUGCGAAGGAGAGUACCUUUUCAAUAUAGCGAAACGUGAAACACAGAGAGAUGCUGUAAUGGAGUUACUUCUAAAACUUCCAUCAAGGCAUCCAAAUUGGUAUGCAACAUUCAUAUUAUGUCUGAUAGAAUCAGGCCAUCACCAACUAGCAGAAAUGGUGGAUAAAGAAUUAUAUCAAAAAAUAAUGAAAGAUGACAGAAAACUGAAUGACAACCUUGAUGAAAUGAUGUCUUUAGUUUCUGGUCCAAUGAAGACAUGUACAUCAUUUCCUGAAUUCAGGCGUAGACUCAAUUUGCAGCAGUGUUCAACUCAACAAUCUACACCUCUAGAGAACAGAGAAAGUCUUAAAGACAAGCCGUCUACGAUGAGCCAAUCAAAGAGCUCUCCAAAUGAUGAAAGAGUUUGUAAGUGGAUAAUGGACAAUGAAAUUGGGACUCAAUGUUUGGAGCCAGAGAGUGACCACAGGCAAUCGAACGACAGACCCAGUAAAAACAAGAAAUUUAAAAGAAAGCGAAACAUUGAAAGAACUUUGUCCCUUGUACGAGACAGCAGUCCUUUACAUCAAGCUGGCUCUCAUCAGGUUCAUGGACGCUACCAGACCAUGAAUAUUCCAUUUAGUAACAUGGGAGAGCUACAAAAAGAACUGCAUGAGCAGACUCUCGUAAAGAAAUUGCUAGAAAAUCAAAGGUUUGAUGAAAUAGAGCAAGGUUCAACUGAUUUGUUAGAACUCGGCAGCAUUGACAAUCUGUGUGUUGACAAUGACUGGAAUAUACAAAUAGGAAGAAGUGAAUCCGAUCUUAGCAAUAUAUGUGUAGAACUGACAAGAAAUGAACCCCGUCGUAUGAAUACAGCAUUUUCAUCUGGCACUGAGGCCAACGAAAUUAUAAGCGAAAGUACUGCUUCAGCAUUGGAAGGGACUUCACAACAAAGUCGUGGACAGAAAAACAGUGAUCAAAAUAACGGAAACAUUCCAAAUGAAGAUCAGAAGUCCAACUUUCCAACCUUAAAACAGCUGUUCAGUGUGUCUUGUUUGCAUCCAGUCAAGAUAACAAUGACUUUAAAAGAACACCCAGAAUUGGAUAAAGCAAGCAACCUUAUUAACUGGAUAUCAAAAAGGGCAAAGGAGUUUGAUGAUGAUAUACUUGCACUGAAAGCUCACUACAUUUCUACAGUCAUACAAAAGGCUAAAGCCGAAAAUAUUGACGUUUGGAUAAACAGAUUGCUCACAGGAAGGGAACCAGACGGGUAUUAUGAAUGUCAAGAUCAGUUGAUACGACUUGCGUUGAAUGAGUUUCCGUAUAAAGAGUCUAGACACUUUCAGAGUAUUUUCUCACAGCUGCAAACUUUACCAGUGGGAGAUGGACUUUCAUCUUUAAAAACGUUAAUUAAAGGCUUAACAGUGAAAUUGUUAUCUGUUGACGAAAAUGUGACCUGUCCUACAAGCGACGAUGCAAAUAUACCAGGAGUAUCCGGUCCUUCAGAGAUUCACAUCCCCGAUACGACUAACCAGAUAUCAUCCCUUGUUACGCACGCAUGGCUUUGUAAUUGUCCCACAGAAAGAGGAGCAUCGCUGCAAUCUAAACCAGGAGUACGUUUAGAACAUGUGACAUCAAAUAAUCGAGAGUACCAAUUAAUCAAAGAGAAAAUGGCAAAAGGGUGUAGAAUUAUCUGUGUAAGUUCCUGUCGUCUAUAA